GGAUCUCCCGAGCUGAGCAAUCGCUCUUUCUCUCUCUCUCGCUCUCUCUAUCUCUCUCCGCCUCCUCUCCAUACGUUCCCACCAUCCUCCCCCACAUGACAGCGGCAGCGCAGUAGCAACCUCAGCAGCAUCCACCCUCUUGAAGUAGCAGUAGUCAUACUAAGCGCCGGCGGUGUGAAACGAGAGAACGCAUCCGAGUGAUGCCACUGCACCAACCGCAUCUCGCAACCGCGAAAACAUACCGAGAAUAAGCAGCUCCUUCAACGAGGAGGAAUUAAAACAUUCGUUUCGAGACCGCAUCGGCCCAUGAAGAUGUCUAACGUUGACAUGGUCAACUCUGCCGACCGGGUAGUAAAAUCUGUCCCCUUCCCACUCAGUCACCGCCUGACCACGAAGGAGGUGUUCGACAGUGAGGGCAAGCCGAGGGUCGACCUGCUGAAAGCUCACCUCACCAAGGAGGGCAGAGUGGAGGAGGCGGUGGCACUCCGCAUCGUGAGCGAGGGCGCUGCCAUCCUGCGCCAGGAGAAGACCAUGCUGGACAUAGAGGCACCAGUCACAGUGUGCGGUGAUAUUCAUGGCCAGUUCUUUGACCUGAUGAAGCUGUUUGAAGUAGGAGGCUCCCCAGCCACCACUCGAUACCUGUUCCUCGGGGACUACGUAGACCGGGGCUAUUUCAGUAUUGAGUGUGUUUUGUACCUUUGGUCCCUGAAAAUCCUCUACCCAAAGACGCUUUUUUUACUGCGAGGAAACCACGAAUGUAGACAUUUGACAGAAUAUUUCACCUUCAAACAAGAAUGUAAAAUCAAGUACUCAGAGCAGGUGUAUGACGCGUGUAUGGAUGCGUUUGACUGCCUUCCCCUGGCUGCUCUCAUGAACCAGCAGUUCCUGUGUGUGCAUGGAGGCCUUUCACCUGAGAUACACACCUUAGAUGACAUAAAGAAGUUGGACCGGUUUAAGGAGCCUCCUGCCUUUGGGCCCAUGUGUGACCUGCUUUGGGCUGACCCAUUAGAGGAUUUUGGGAAUGAGAAGACCCAGGAAUACUUCGGCCACAACACGGUCCGAGGCUGCUCCUACUUCUACAGUUAUCCUGCUGUCUGUGAGUUCCUACAGAAUAAUAAUUUAUUAUCAGUCAUCAGAGCACACGAAGCACAAGAUGCCGGUUACCGGAUGUACAGAAAGAGCCAGACCACAGGCUUCCCUUCACUCAUCACCAUCUUUUCAGCACCAAACUACCUGGACGUGUACAACAACAAAGCGGCGGUACUGAAGUAUGAGAAUAAUGUCAUGAACAUCCGGCAGUUCAACUGCUCCCCACAUCCAUACUGGCUGCCAAACUUUAUGGACGUGUUCACUUGGUCCCUCCCUUUUGUAGGAGAGAAAGUCACAGAGAUGCUGGUGAACGUGUUGAGCAUCUGCUCCGACGACGAGCUGAUGGAGAAUGAUGGGGACGAGGCUUUUGAUGCCAAUGCAGCAGCUGCCAGGAAAGAGGUGAUCAGGAACAAGAUCCGUGCCAUUGGGAAGAUGGCCAAGAUGUUCCAAGUCCUGAGAGAGGAGAGUGAGAACGUGCUGACACUGAAGGGUUUGACCCCGACCGGCAUGCUACCCAGUGGAAUCCUGGCUGGAGGAAAGCAGACCUUACAGAGUGCCACCAUUGAGGCCAUUGAAGCCGUCGAGGAGGAUGAUGAUAAGGAUGGCGAAGCCAUCCGAGGCUUCUCUCCACAGCACAAGAUCAGCGGCUUCACGGAGGCCAAAGGCCUGGAUCGAAUCAACGAGCGCAUGCCACCGCGCAGAGAUGGGGUGAACAACGUGGGCCACUCCAUGGGCAAGAUGAACAUGUCCGAGGCCAACGGCACAGACGACAACAGCAACAUCCAGUGAUGUGGCUGCCGUGCCCUUCACCCUUAGCCGACACCACUGCAGCGCCAAACCCUGCAGGAUCUCGCCAAACUGUUAUUUAAGGCCUCAGAGUACUGACAACACAAACAGACAGACAAACAAACAAACAAAAAAAUAACAUAGCCAAGUCCAUCAGCAUUACACUUCUGCUCCAAGUUUCUUAUUAGAGAAAUAAACUC